AUGGAUCGAGCGCUUACUUGUUUACUUGUAAACGUAAAAGCAAACACUAGAAGUUUCAAAGCAAUUCCUAUCUACAAAAAUGCAGAUAAAAAGAUCGUCCAACUUCAUGGACAUCUAAUCCAGUUAGACCAAAUAACGAUUAUGCUUUUAAGGGACCUUAUCUAUGAACACUACGAUACGAAACUUUGGAAAGUUAAUCUCGAUACUGCUGAUAUCGAAAAUAAAAAAAUUUCUACUAAAGAUGACAUUAUCAAACUCGGCGGAAAAGAAAUGACACCUAGUGAUAUGUUAGAAGUAUAUAUUCAAGAUGAACUUAAUAGUCUCAAUUUUAUGCCAAAUAAGAUCCACAUCAUCGCCAUCGACUACACCACACCCACCAUCGCUCCUGAAAAGAAAAUAUGGGUUUGUUAUGAUCGAUGUCCCAUUGCCUUUAGUAAAGAAGAGUUGGAAUCAAAGGGAAUUUGUGACGUAGAUGAUCUUAAAAGAGAAAUCAGAGAUAGAUUGAGUAGCCUCAGCAAUUAUACUAAUGAUAUGCUCUCCCUUCGCAAAAAAAAUGAAACAGAAAUCUUAGCUCCCACUAUUUCUAUUGAUAAUCUAUAUAGUAUGGAAUUUAUGGAAUUAGAUGUUAUUGUAGACAAAGAAAAUUACCGUCCAAACAAAAAGGUGAAGCUCGAAGAAGCUAAAAAAGUUAAGAAAAUAUGGGUUUAUUAUGAAGAAUUUAGUCUCACCUUUAGAAAAGAAGAUUGCGAUUCAAAGGGAAUUUAUGACGUAGAUGGUCUUAGAAGAGAAAUCAAAGAUAGUUUUAAUACCCUCAGCGAUUAUUCCUAUGAGAUGGUCUUCCUUCGCAAUAGAAAUGAAACGGAAUUCUUGGAUCCCGCUAUUUCUAUUGAUGUUCUGUAUGGUAUGAAAUUAGAGGUUAUUAUUGUAAACAAAAAAAAUGAUAACAAGAGCACAUCAAGUAGAAAAAAAAUGAAUAAUAUUGAAUCGAAAAGAAUUGAAAAAGCAUUCCAAACUAAAUACCAAGGCACUGUUCUGGAAAAAUUUUACAUUCGGCUAAACUUUUUUCAUGAAAUUUGGUUGUCAGAUAGCAGAUACGUCCCUUAUUUAGCAAUCAUACAAAGCUCCGGUUCCGGUAAAACGCGGCUUGUGGCGGAAUUGAGAACCAAGGGGAUCUAUGUCUUGUACAUCUGUAAACGUAGUGAGGAUAGUACUGGAUACCCCAAAUCAACACCUUUUGCUCAAAAAGUUCUGGAUACAAUUCGGGAUGAUGAAUUUGGGGCUCUUUUGUGUGGCGCAAUCGAAGAAAUUAAAAACAAAGGAUGGAGCGCAGAGGAGUUUUGGGAUAUUCAAGUUAAAGGUGAUCACGAAUGUGAGGAAUUCUGGAAUGUAGUUUUGGGAUCGUUGGAUCUUGAAUCUUCACAAUCAAAAUGCAAUAACGAAGAAUUUGUUAAGGAUUUAUUUCCCCAAAUAGGUAUCUCUGUAGUUUGUUGUAUUGACGAGGCACAUGAAUUAAUUACGCAGAGAAAUAGUGGCGAAACCUGCUUUGUUAAAUGGAGACGACAAAUUAAGAAAAUUUCAUGGAAAGGAUUCUUUAAUGUUGUUCUCAGCACAAAUGGGAAGAUUGGCAAUUUCCUUCCUCCAACGAUAAAAGAUACCGUAUCUGCCAGAACAACUAAUUUCCAAAUAUUUCCUGCGUAUUUAGAUGUAAGUACCACGGACGUGUUAGCAUUACUUGUUGAAAACGUUGGUAAAGAAAACUUUGAUAAAGAUUACGAUCUUAAAAGGGCUGUAUAUCUAGGAACUCCCCUUUGGGGUUCUCUUGCUCAAGCCGGAGAAAGUCUUAAAGAUCUUAUUCUUCUAGCUUCAGAGAAGAUCCGCAACUUUAGCAAAAAGAAGGAUGAUUAUAUUGCUAAUCUUGCAUGUAUAUCUUGCACCCUGGCUCUUGAAGUUUCUCCUCGAAUUGCAGAAGUAGACAAUCUGAUAGCAUCCCAUAUGGCUACUGCUAUAGGGAUUUCACCUGAUCGUACAAGCAUUCUUUGCACAUAUCCUUCUGAUGCUAUCCUUGCAUCUGGUGCUCUAAAAGGAAUCAUUAAUGUUGGUUGGGAAAACUGCUUGGACACAUUGGUGGAACUGCUCAGUCGUGGGGUAGUAGAAGUGGGAGAAAGAGGAGAACUUGUCAAUCGCAUCCUCUUUUUGAUGAGAUAUGCAGUUGUUGCGAGAGAAAUAUUUUUAGGAUCAGCUACAUAUUUGGAGAAAAUUCCCUUAAAAUUAUUUUUAGAAAAAAUUGAUGGCCAUAGUAUGCUUCUUGACGAAUUGAAAAUAAAUGAUGCAAAAGUUGGAUUUAAUCAUUGGAUAUCUUUGCUGGCUACCAAUAUGGAUUAUGUGAAUGAAUCUGAAGGGAAUAAAUUCCUAACGGAGGAUCUUGUCAAAGAAGCUUAUCACCGCCAUGCUGCCAUCAGGAUGCCAUUUGGGUUCAAAGAUAUCGAUCAUGUCAUUCCAUUUAAAUACUCUUCUGAUUAUGGCGUCAUUUUAAUUCAAAACAAGAAUGCAAAACAAUCAACCUAUAAAUCGGUAGACAAUUUCGCAUUAACAAAUCCAGCAAGUGUUGGUAUACGGCAGAAAGAUUAUAAGGUUCUAGGUAUCUAUGCUGAUUUUCAUCAGGGAGAACUCCCAUACAAAGCAACAUCAGAAAUAAAAAGCAUAGAUUAUAUAUCUACACGAUCGAGACCGGGAGAAAAAGCUAAUAUUAUGUAUAUUCGAGGUGUUGAAGCGUUUGAGUUUGAUAAUGAAAUUAAUAAACGACUAUUUAAAGUACUUUAUACACGACCUUGGCCAUUAGAUAGAUACUGGAGCACCUUUGGUGAGAACGAAUUGGUUAGGAAAGAUGAAAUAAAAUCUUUUUUACCUAUUAUAUUUAAACAGAAUAAGGGAGAGUCUUUGAUUGAUAAAUGGAAGAUGUAA